CACGCUCACGGAGCCAAGGACAAAAGUUGCAACGUACUUUCCCCUGGCAUUUUUGUCAACGAGGGUAGAGGAGGCGAUGAGGGUGCGGUUUCCUGCUCUGGGGCUGCUGGCCUGGCUGUGCUUCUGCGCUCUUGUGGGGUCCGUCGAAGGGGGAAAGGUGCUGGUUAUGCCCGUGGACGGGAGUCACUGGCUGAGCAUGAAGAUCUUGGUGCAGGAGCUGACCCACAGAGGACACCCGGUGGUGGUCCUGGUGCCUGAAAGCAGCCUGUUGAUCGAGCCCUCCGAGAGCUACCAGACCCGCCACUACAAAGUGCCGUACACCAAAGCCGAGCUGGACGGCAAAUACACCGAGCUCAAGGAUAGUGUUUUCGUCAAGUCGCCGGAGAUCACGGAUUUGUUUGUCAACAUGCAGCGUUUGGUCAACUUCACCAACUUCCAAGGGAUGGGCUGCAGAGCUCUGCUCAAUGAUCAGCUUCUGCUGAGUCAACUGAAGGACGAAGGCUUCAGUCUCGUGCUGACCGACCCGUUCCUGCCAUGCGGACCCAUCCUGGCUCAAGUCUUCUCCAUCCCGGCUGUUUAUUUUAUGCGUGGGCUUCCCUGUGAACUGGACACCAAGGCCAACCAGUGCCCCUCCCCGCUUUCUUACGUCCCCAAAUUCUACUCCGGGAACACAGAUGUCAUGACUUUCCCGGAGAGGGUGAAAAACAACAUCAUGGGCGCGGUGGAGCUCUUAGUGUGUCGUGUUUUGUACGCGGACUUUGACCAGCUGGUCAGGGACUUCGUGGACCCGGGCAUGACCUACAAGGAACUCUUGAGCCACGCGGCGAUUUGGCUCCUCAGAUACGACUUCGCGCUGGAGCGACCCAAACCCGUGAUGCCCAACAUGGUUUUCAUUGGCGGUAUCAACUGUGCGAAGACACGGCCUCUGCCCGCGGAUGUAGAGGAGUUCGUGGAGGGUUCGGGAGAGGACGGCUUUAUCGUCUUUACCCUGGGCUCCAUGGUGUCCACCAUGCCUGUGGAGAUAGCCCAGCAGUUCUUUGAAGCCUUCGAAAGGAUUCCUCAAAGGGUUUUGUGGCGAUACACCGGAGUUAUACCCAAGCAUGUGCCGAAGAACGUCAAACUCAUGAAGUGGCUGCCUCAGAAUGACCUCUUGGCCCACCCCAAGGCCAAAGCCUUCCUCACCCACGCAGGAACCCAUGGCAUCUAUGAAGGGAUCUGCAACGCUGUGCCCAUGCUGAUGUUCCCGCUGUUCGGGGACCAGGGAGACAACGCCCUCCGCAUGGUGACGCGCGGCAUCGCCGAGAAACUCGCCAUCAUCGACGUGACGGCAGACCAACUAGUGGCCGCUCUGAAUAACAUCAUCAAUAACAAAAGCUACAAAGAGAAGAUGGUGAAAUUGUCUGCCGUGCACCUGGACCGUCCUGUUCCGCCUCUGGACCUGGCGGUUUUCUGGACAGAGUUUGUCAUGAGACACAACGGAGCCGCGCACCUACGAGUGGCCGCCCACGACCUGAACUGGUUCCAGUACCACAGUCUGGACGUCAUCGGCUUCCUGCUCGCCGUGGUCACCUUUGCGCUGUGGCUGACGCUCAGGUGCUGCCUGCUCUGCACGCGCAAGUGUUGCGGCAGAGGGACGGCCAAGAGGAAAACCGAGUAAAGACGAUAUAUGGGAUAUGAAGUCAUUUUAAACGGUGGGCUGUGAAUUUGAAGGUGAUCAACUUUAUUUUUUGACAAAAUUGUCCAAAUUUGAAUGUUUCAAAAGUCUCAGGUGCUGUAGUAUGGAUAGGUUUCCGACGACACCCGCCAUCUUGUGCGUCAAAACUUUUAACCGAGCACGCCUCUAUUGUUAUUUUUGUGCAAAAUGGGUCACGCGUGCGUCCUGUGGGGUUGUAGAAAUCGAGCGAAUUCCGGACAAGGAACCACAAAGUAACGUAUUUUCCAGACCAAUGAAUGGUCUAUUUUCGACCUUUUUUCAUAUAUAAGGCUGGGAGGACUCGCGCCUCAGGGUUCCUCGGACCACCAAUGACGGACAUGACAGGCUUGACGGUUUGGAGAUUUUGUUUAUUUUUCAAUAAACCUCCAUCUCCGGUCGCUUUUCAGCACUCGCCUCUUCUCCCCGUCUCGCUCUUCCGGUCGCUUUUCAGCACUCGCCUCUUCUCCCCGUCUCGCUCUUCCGGUCGCUUUUCAGCCUCUCGCUCGGGCUCGGGUUCGUUCUCGGCCAUCCACUCCGACUUCACCAACCCCGUCCUUCUGGGCUGCUGCCCUUUUAUACAGUGACAGGUGAUGAGACAACUGCGCCCAGGUGGGCCAUCUACGCACCUGUCGCCCAUCUCAAAGCUGGCCCCGCCUCGCUGCAGGUCCGCAGGCCACGCCUCCUCACAGACGCAUUGAAGGAGUCAUAUUAUUAUUAUUUUUUUCUAAAUGUAAAAGACUUCCUUGUGGUCUACAUAACAUGUAAUGGUGGUUCUUUGGUCAAAAUGUUUUACACAUCAUCUUCAAGCCGCUUUCUGACAGUCGCUUCCGGAUGCGCCGUUUUGUGGGCGGGUCUUAUUUACGUGGCUCACCUUCGGCGACGUCUUCUCCCCGUCAUCUUUGUUGUAGCGGUGUAGCGUGCAAGGACGGGAGUGGAAGAAGUGUCAAAAGAUGGCGCUAACUGUUUUAAAGACAUGCAGACUUUACUUCAAUCGAUAACGGAGCAGCAUCUCCUCAUCCGGAAACAACAACAAGGCCAGAAAUGUGUCCCGUGAAAAACCGUCCGACCGGAACUCUCUAAUAACUAAAGUUCCUUGGUUGAAUAAUGUAAACUCACUACACCGGUAUGUUUUAGUGCUUUCAUGGCGAGUUUACCGGCAGAUAUAAGUAAGAACUUUACACUACUUUAUAUUAGAAAUGGCAACAGUGGAGGAUGAAUGUCACAUAACAAGAAGAUAGAGAAAAAUAAGAAGCUUAUCGACUACAAAGGUGGACGUACGCAAUUUUUCAGUACUUAUGCAGACCCCAAGUACAGAUCAGCAGGUACCAGAAGAUAAGAAAAGUUGCUUUUGCAUAAUAUUGCCAAACAAAACGCCAGAUAAUAUGUCUUACCUUAUACACACACACCAUAAUAAAACUCCUAUGUUGAAGCACAUCAAACGGUGCAGUCAACACGUAUCUCUUAUGUUUGACUGCCAUCUACUGGUCACACUUAUCAUCACACCAUGUACCAAAUAAAAUUCCUUCGAGGCGGGUAAGCUCAACCAAACGUAUUCCUUACAUUAGGCGCAAAAAGGAAAAUGAUUUUAAACGGGGAUAGCAGAUCCAUUCUAUGUGUCAUACUUGAUCAUUUCGCGAUAUUGCCAUAUUUUUGCUGAAAGGAUUUAGUAUAGAACAACGACGAUAAAGUUCGCAACUUUUGGUCUCUGAUAAAAAAAAGCCUUGCCCCUACCGGAAGUAGCGUGACGUCACCGGAGGAAGGGCUGCUCACAUUUCCCCAUUGUUUUCAAUGCAGCGUGAGAGGUUCGGACCGAGAAAGCGACGAUUACCCCAUUAAUUUGAGUGAGGAUGAAAGAUUUGUGGAUGAGGAGCGUGAGAGUGAAGGACUAGCGUGCAGUGCAGGACGUAUCAUUUUUCGCUCUGACCGUAACUUCGGUACAAGGGUUCAUUGGAUUCCACACUCUCUCCUUUUUCUAUUGUGGAUCACGGAUUUGUAUUUUAAACCACUUCGGACACAAUAUCCUCUUGAAAAUGAGAGUCGAGAACGCGAAAUGGACAUUCACAGUGACUUUUAUCUCCACGACAAUACAUCGGCGAAGCUCUUUAGCUACGGAGCUAACGUGAUAGCAUCGUGCUUAAAUGCAGAUAGAAACAAAAUAAAUAAACCCCUGACUGGAAAGAUAGACAGAAAAUCAACAAUACUAUUAAACCAUGGACCUGUAACUACACGGUUAAUGCUUUCCAGCUUGGCGAAGCUUAACAAUGCUGUUGCUAACAACGCCAUUGAAGCUAACUUAGCAACGGGACCUCACAGAGCUAUGCUAAAAACAUUAGCGCUCCACCUACGCUAGCCAGCCCUCAUCUGCUCAUCAACAGCCGUGCUCACCUGCGUUCCAGCGAUCGACGGAGCGACAAAAGACUUCACCCGAUCAUAGAUGCGGUCGGCGGCCCGGAGACGGAGGAAGUCAAGGUGAGGUCGGCGGCUAGCGCGUCUGCUAUCCAUCUCAAAGUCCUCCUGGUUGUGUUGCUGCAGCCAGCCGCUAAUACACCGAUCCCACCUACAGCUUUCUUCUUUGCAGUCUUCAUUGUUCAUUAAACAAAUUGCAAAAGAUUCACCAACACAGAUGUCCAGAAUACUGUGGAAUUUUGAGAUGAAAACAGAGCUUUUUGUAUUGGAUUCAAUGUGUCCGCAUACUUCCGGUUCAACCAUUGACGUCACGCGCAAACGUCAUCAUACAUAGACGUUUUCAACCGGAAGUUUAGCGGGAAAUUUAAAAUGUCACUUUAUAAGUUAACCCGGCCGUAUUGGCAUGUGUUGCAAUGUUAAGAUUUCAUCAUUGAUGUAUAAACUAUCAGACUGCGUGGUCGCUAGUAGUGGCUUUCAGUAGGCCUUUAAGUGCGCCUUAUAGUCCGGAGAAUACGGUAUAUCAGGGUAAGAUUCCGAAUCAGUAGUCCGUUCGUCUUUUCCCAUCUCAUCUCGCCAAUAUCCUUCUAUUUCUGUAAGUACCUGGCUUUGCCAACCCCAUCUCACGUCUGCGUGUAGGAAACUUUCACGUCCUCUUUCAAAUUUCCCAAAGUUGACGUCAUUGUCGAAGCAAAGGUGCCAAAAAAUACUCAGAAAGCUGCCGCAGGCGAGUAAACAAAGUCAUGACACACGAGAUGGCGGCUCCUGCGCUAACGGAAACCCGUGAAUUAAAUCAUAUCGGAGAUCAGGGGUGUCCAAGCUUUUUCCAGCGAGGGACACAAUGAAGGAAAGUUCAAACGCAGGAGUUACUUUGAUACAUUUAGUGCAAUAAAGUUGCUGUGUGCCACAGUUAUGUGCAUAUGGCCAUAACCCGCCCACGUCCUGGCGCAGUGCCACCACACACACACACACAGGAACAGGAUAUCGUCAUAUUCAAAAGCAGAGUUUGUAAAAACGGCAACUGUGGCGUCCGUUUUCAAAUCAGGAAGUGCACGUCAGCUGGGAUUGACAGCCAUGAACGGCAAUCAUUUUAUUCGGGCCGCACACAAACAUUUUUUUGUUGUCUUUUACAGAGUUUGACUCUCUAAUUUUAUUGGUUUAAUUUGUAUUUCUACACCACAAAUGCAAGCAGGGGGUGGUGUUCUUGUAUAUGUUGGGUUAGAUCAGGGGUGUCCAAAGUGCGGCCCGCAGCUAAUUGUUUACCGGCCCGACACACAUUCUGGAAAUGCUAUUGCAAACAUUUUUAAAUCAUUUAAUAAAGUGGAAUGAGGUGAAAUCUCACGGGAGAAAGUUGCAAUGUUGAUACAAAGCUGCCAUGCAGGCUGUUUUUUUUUCUUUUGUCUUUAUUUUUUUGCUAUUGCUCCCGAAAAAAUGUUGUUUUUCAAAAAUGAAUGUUGUAAUGAAUUAUUGGCCUAUUCAAGGCUCCAAUUACUUAAAAUAUUUCACUUUAAAAUGUUUUUGUGGAAAAUAUUGCAUAUGUGGUUGCGGUAUAAAAACAACAUUUUCUUUGACAAAAGAGCAUAAAACAGGGGUCACCAACGCGGUGCCCGCGGGCACCAGGUCGCCCGUAAGGACCAGAUGAGUAGCCCGCUGGCCUGUUCUAAAAAUAGCUCAAAUAGCAGCACUUACCGGUGAGCUGCUUCUAUUUUUUAAAAUUUUAUUUAUUUACUAGCAAGCUGGUCUCGCUUUUCCGACAUUUUUAAUUCUAAGAGAGACAAAACUCAAAUAGAAUUUGAAAAUCCAAGAAAAUAUUUUAAAGACUUGGUCUUCACUUGUUUAAAUAAAUUCAUACAUUUUUUUUUACUUUGCUUCUUAUAACUUUCAGAAAGACAAUUUUAGAGAAAAAAUACAACCUUAAAAAUGAUUUUAGGAUUUUUAAACACAUAUACCUUUUAAAUUCCUUCCUCUUCUUUCCUGACAAUUUAAAUCAAUGUUCAAGUAAAUGUAUUUUUUUUAUUGCAAAGAAUAAUAAAUACAUUUUAAUUUAAUUCUUCAUUUUAGCUUCUGUUUUUUCAACAAAUAAUAUUUGUGAAAUAUUUCUUCAAACUUAUUAUGAUUAAAAUUCAAAAAAAAUAUUCUGGCAAAUCUAUAGAAAAUCUGCAGAAUCAAAUUUAAAUCUUAUUUCAAAGUCUUUUGAAUUUCUUUUAAAAUUUUUGUUCUGAAAAAUCUAGAAGAAAUAAUGAUUUGUCUUUGUUAGAAAUAUAGCUUGGUCCAAUUUGUUAUAUAUUCUAACAAAGUGCAGAUUGGAUUUUAACCUAUUUAAAACAUGUCAUCCAAAUUCUAAAAUUAAUCUUAAUCAGGAAAAAUUACUAAUGAUGUUCCAUAAAUUAUUUUUUUAAUUUUUUCAAAAAGAUUCGAAUUAGCUAGUUUUUCCUCUUCUUUUUCUCGGUUGAAUUUUGAAUUUUAAAGAGUUGAAAUUGAAUAAAAACUAUGUUUCAAAAUUUUAUUGUCAUUUUUUUCCCGUGUUUUCUCCUCUUUUAAACCGUUCAAUUAAGUGUAAAUAUCAUUAAUUAUUAAUAAUAACAUAGAGUUAAAGGUAAAUUGAGCAAAUUGGCUAUUUCUGGCAAUUUAUUUAAGUGUGUAUCAAACUGGUAGCCCUUCGCAUUAAUCACUACCCAAGAAGUAGCUCUUGGUUUCAAAAAGGUUGGUGACCCCUGGCAUAAAACAACCAAAAUAAAUCUGAGGUUGAUCUUGUGACUUAAGUGUUGAAAGUAAAACAAAUAAUAAUAAAAACUUAUCACUUUAUGAGUGGGGGACCUUUUAGAUCCCAAAGAUAUUUAGUGGGAUUUUAUUUAUCUUUUCACUGUGACUGAUUACUCAGAAAUAAUAACACAUUUAAAUCAAUGGUGUCCUGCAUUAUUGAUCUUUUGAGGAAUCCAAUUACUUCACAUCAAACAUUGCUUUCUGAAUGUUUUGGGCUGCGGGGAAAAUACUGCAUAUUUCAGUUUUACUAUGAAAAACAAUAAAUAAAUAAAUUUUUUACUUUAUAUCAACCUGAAGUUGAUAUAGAUUUACUGUAAGCGUUACAUUAAAUAUUAAAAUAAUAAUUUGACUUAUUUUUAGCAUGCUAAUGACGGAGACUUAUGGCCCCCGGGAGCCUUAAAGGUAAAAACAAAACCAAAAAUCUAUAUAUUUUGUUAUGGUUUGAAAAUGAAAAAUUUCAAAGCGGCCCUCAGUGGAAAAAGUUUACCCUGGGUUAGAUCAAUGUAAAUUGUCAUAGAGCAGCUAUAAAGAUGCUAAAAGGAAUCCAGUGUGGUUCAAUAAAUGCUAUGGUGUUUAAGGUGAUGACGCCAAUUAGUGUAAUAGCUAAUAAUAUACUUUAUUAAUGCAUUUAUUACAUUUUACAAAAUGCCAAAGGCUUGUUAAAAAAAAUGCCAGUCCUUUUCUGCCUCCUAGUGGUCAGUGAGUAUGUUGCAAUGUGACAUUAAAAACACUAAUAAAUCAUCAUGGGAAAGCUGUGAAAGAAAUGUCCACUUGUUUUUUUUAAACAUAUUUUUUUAACCCUCAGAAG